AUGGCACCAUCAAUAAACAACAUCGCCUUCACCUCCCCCAUCAACCCACCAGGCGCAAGCCCCAUCCUCACACGUCCCCAAAUAUGGGCCAUGCUUCAACUCAAGAUCCGCUCAGCACAGACUUUUGUUCCAGCAGCGAUUCAAUCCACAACCGUCAUCUCAACGACCACCAACGAGACCAGCGGCAAUGAAGUCACAACCCGCGAAGUCACGUUUCUUCAGGAUCAGCGCAAGGUCAAGGAAAUCGUCACAGCAUAUGCAGACACCAGAGUCGAGUUUGAGCAGCCGGAUGGAAGCCAUGUCAGCAACAUUGUCAGCGAAGGUGCGGAUGGCUUGUACAUGACGUAUGUGUUUGAGUGGAGACAUCCUGGUGUUGAGGGGGAGGAGUUGGAGAAACUGAAGGAGAAGCAGAAGGGAAUGAGUAAACUGGCUGUGGAGGGCACUAUUGAGGCUAUGAGAAAGUUGGUGAGAGACGGGAAGUAUUGA